UCUAAUCACUCCACACAUAUUUUAUUGAGCACCUAGUUUCGUACUGUAGUUGUAUCGUAAUCGCAAAAAUGAAAGCACUGUUUGUUGGAGUAUUUUUUCUGGCGUUGCACUACUCUAGUGGUUUCGUUGUUAAAGCUAAACAGAGCAGUGAAAGCGAGCUGGUGGCCGUUGCAGUGCUCUACAGACACGGCGACAAAACUCCAACGACAUCAUUCCCAAACGACCAAUACUUCGACCUCUCAUACUGGCCCAUGGGCUUUGGCCAACUAACCAAUAAUGGCAAGAAACGCCACUACGAGCUGGGGAAAUGGUUCAGGAAGCGGUACGCUUCUUUCCUUCCCGAGGAAUACAACGCCAAAGAUAUUUACGUCUUCUCGUCAGACGUAGAUCGCACCCUGAUGUCCGCCCAGGUAAAUUUAGCAGGUCUAUACCCGCCCAAGGGUGCCCAAGUGUGGAACGAGAACCUGCUGUGGCAACCCAUACCCGUCCACACCAUGCCAAAGAAAGAGGACCAAAUUCUUUACAUGGAAAGGCCUUGCCCGAAGUACAAGAGACUGUAUAAUGAGACUUACAAGAGCGACUUCUUUACAAAAAUCGACGAAAAGUACGCGGACUUUUACAAAGAAGUGUCUACCUUGACAGGCUGGGAAAUCGACGACGUUCAUUACUUCGCUCAACUCCAGUCUGUGUUGUACGUUUAUACUAACCACAACAGCACUUACUUACCCCCGUGGAGUUCUUCCAUGGACCAAGACAAGCUCAACUAUUUGGCAGGUUUAAACUACGCGAGGUACACGUUCACAGAAGACCUGAAGAGACUCGGUGACGGUCCCUUCUUCGAUAACCUCUUCACCAAACUCGACAAGGUGCUAGAUCCUGCUCAAGCGGCUCCAAAGUUCUUGAUGCUUUCCGCUCACGAGAGUACUUUGUCUUCGGUACUGAACGGGAUGGGAGUUUUUGAUAACAGAGCACCAGAAUUCGCGUCUUGUGUCAUUUGGGAGGUGAAAAAGGACACCGGUGGCGACCACUACGUCAAUUUAUUCUACAAGAAAAACAGCAGUGACGCCUUGGACCAACUGCAACUAGACGGUUGCGAUAUGGACUGUAAAUAUGAGAGUUUUAAAAAGACGUUGAGUCCGAUUACUUUAGAUUUAAAGUCGUGGGAUGAUGAGUGUGUGAGGAGUGAUUAGAAAUAGGUGUAAUAUAUUUUAUUCAAUUUGUACAGUACUUGACUAAUAAAUUACAAAAAAAAAAGAUUUCUCUUUA